AUGUCUCUGCACUACCUCCCCCCCGUCAAGCCUUCGGCCAUCGCCCUCGGCACCAUCUUCAACCACACUGCCGAGCUUGCUGUCUUGACUCCCAUCUUCGGCGCGACUUACCAGCGCGCUAAGGCCGCCAACACCAAGGAGGAGUUCGCUCGCUCCAAGGAGGCUCAAGGUGCUGCCGUCGCUUGGGGUACUUCCCUCGUCGGCUCUGCUCUCCAGUCAUAUGGUGUCGGUGCCCUCAUCAACGCCACUGGUACCUUGUCGUACAAGGGCGCUGCCUACCUGGGCUCUUUGAUCUUCUUCGCUACCUCUGCCCCCGGAUACAUCUCCCAGGUCUUUGUCGAGAAGCGCCCUGUUGAUACUGUCGGCGUCAGCGUCCUGGCCAAGGUCAUCGAGACCGUCGGCCUGUCGGUCUUCCUCACCUGGUGGGGCACCCGCACCAACCCCUUCGACUAA